AAGAUCGUCGAGCUAAAAACGCAAGUCAUGCAAGCAAAUAAAGUAAUAAAAUGUAGUACGGUCUACUUUAUUGUUCAGAUAUUGUAUUGAUUAUGAACUUACCGACAUAUGAUCCUGCAAUAAUUACAAAAUCUUAUACGAAGUACCCACUUUCUACUCAAGAUAUGUAUCCUCAAAGACUUUGGAUUAGAAAGCCAUAUUCGAAAAAUGCUUCUUGCUUAGAGGAUUGGUCAGUCUGCCACUUCAUUAAAAAUAAAACCAAUAGCCGUUGGCAACAUCUUUCUCUUCGCCAAACAGAAACAAUCUAUGAAUGUGAUAAGCAAUUAGCAAAUGAGGGAAAUAAGCACAUUAUCAGUGAUAAGCGCUGAAGUAUAAAAGCCAUGUACACAUCGGCGUGCUUUUCUGUCUUAAGAAAAGCAUAUAGCACGAAUUAGCUCCGGAUCGCGAUGACUCCCACGACAAUAGAUGGCGUCACGAUUCGCAUCAUGCGCCCGGAGGAUUACCCACAGGUGAAAGCCUAUAUGGAGGUUGAGUACUACACAGCGGAGCCUCUGAGCCAGGCCAGCGGCGAACCUGUUCACCUGCAAAACGAGGAGAUCAACGACGCCUUCAACCAGUCGAUAAUCGCCGAGGGCACCAGCCUUUUGGCGCUCGAUGAAAACGAUGGUGGCCGGAUUGUGGGCCUAGUUCUGGCAUGUGCCAGUUACCCCGAUAAUGUGAAUGAAGGAACAUUGAACUUGAAGCUCGAGAAUGUGGAGGAUAACGCUUGGGGUCGCAUGUAUCAUUUACUAAUGAAGACCAAGCGCGAAGUCAAUCUGUUUGAGCGCUACGACAUCCCGAAGGCGCUCUACUCCCACGUGACCAGCGUGGCCUCCUGGAAGAGGGGCAAGGGCUUGGGCUCCCGCCUGGCCGCCACCCUGAUGGACCUGGGCCGAUCGAAUGGCUUCCCCCUUAUGAUGGCCUUCUGCACUAGCUUCUACUCUGCUCGCCAGAAGGAGGCUUUGGGCAUGGAGUGCAUCUAUUCCAUUGACUACGCCGACUAUAAGGACGAUGAAGGACGAGUGAUCUUCACACCGGCAGCUCCACACACAAAGCUGCGCGUGAUGGCAAUCAAACUGUGACAGUUGAAAACUGAGUCGAGAAAUUUAAAUAUAUUAUAUAACAAUAGUUAUGUUUAUUUUAUACUUAGAACGCUUUUGG